AUGAAGUUGAUCUACAUUGUUCUUAGUGUAGCAUCAGCUGCUUUGGUAAGUCCGAAAGUGAGAUUUUUUGUCAUCAAUUUUUGGCCUAUUUCGACAUGUCCUCUUCGGAUUUCACAUUUUUUCUGGUUGAUCGUAAUUACACUUUCUUUUAACUGUUAGGUCCUUUCCGCUCCGGUCGACAAUUCCGACCAACAGCUGGCUGAAAAGAUGGCCAGGAUUAUGCAUGCCGCCGGAAUCAAAGUUCCCAAAGAGCAAAUCGUCAAGAACUUCCUGAGAGAGCUGGAGAUGGUAAGUAAUUCGGUAAAACCUUCCUUUUCCUGGCCCCAGCGAAAAGUUAGCUUUGCAGCUUGCGCAAGCUGCGAAGCACGGGGCCAGAAAAAGGAGGUUUCUCCAGUAAUUCACGCAGUAAACGUGUACAGUGACGGACCUGAUCUAUUGGCAAAAAAGUACCACUUUGCAUCCGGGAAGCAUCAAAAAUGUGGCAAAAUGCAUCCCUUUCCAAGUGAAAAAACUUCGCUCGCAAAAAGAGCGGGCGCGCUUAUUGACGUCUGACAAGGGAAGUCACUUUUUUCGCAGAUCGAUCCAUACUGGUGACCUAGUGGACUGUGAAGGCCUCAGGCUGUGUAAAAAGAAUCUGGCGUCCAAAUGUGUUUACGGGCCCUGAGGACAGAGUUAUGGCUCAUCAAAGUUCGCGCAAAAAAGGUUCCGAAAAGACCCUCCGAAAAACGGGAUCCGAAAAGUGAGCUUCGGUAGCAGAGUGGUUCGCGGAUUUUUCUUUUGUCUGGAAGGGCCAGGGUUCGAUUCCUCUUCCCGGCAAUAACUAAAAAUAAUAUUGUAAGAGUAGCGUAAGUUACAAAAAAAAUUGUUUUGAAAUAUUUUUUGAAAAAUGUUAUUAUCCUGUCGUUAAAAUUUGGGGAAGUCGUUGUGAGCUUGGACACAGUGAGGGAUGCGAGGGCAUUUUUCCACCGAGGCUCGCAUUCAAUUUCUGGAAUAAUGCGGCGAUUACGGUGGAUCAAGACGCCGUAUCAUUGGAGAAAACUGCGGGAACUUUGGCGUGAAGGUAGGACUGGGAUUCUCAAUACGUAUGUCUCUGAUAUUUUAGAAGACGCCCUUGGUGAUCGUGAUAUCAUGCUGAAGCGUUUGAGUCAAACGCUUGCUGUCUGGGCAGAUGAUAAAUUUAGUGACGAUAUGAACAAAAUCGUCAUUUUUUUAACGACAGGAUAAUAAUAUUUUUCAAAAAAUGUUUUAAAAUAUUUUUUUUGUAACUUACGCUACUCUUACAAUAUUACUUUUAUUUAUUGCCGGGAAGAGGAAUCGAACCUUGGCCCUUCCAGACAAAAGAAAAAUCUGCGAACCACUCUGCUACCGAAGCUCACUUCUCCGACCCCGUUUUUUUGGAGGGUCUUUUCGGAACCUUUUUUGCGCGAACUUUGAUCAGCCAUAACUCUGCCCUCAGGGCCCGUAAACACUUUUGGAAGCCAGAUUCUUCUUACACAGCAUGAGGCCUUCACUGUCCACUAGGUCACCAGUAUGGAUCGAUCUGCGAAAAAAGUGACUUCCCUUGUGAGAUUUUUUCACUUGGAGAGGGAAGCGUUUUGACACAUUUUUGAUACUUCCCCGAUGCAAAACGUUUUUUGCCACCGAAUCAGGUCCCCCACUGUAAUGCGUGAUUUAUCGUAUAUUUUGCGGUAAUUUUAACCCAAAUUUUCUUACAAUUGUUUCAGUUCUCAUACGACAGUCGCGCUUUCCAAUUGAAAAAACUUUUUGCUUUCGUCCGUCAAAGCUUGGCCAAGAUUCCCGAGGACGAUCUGCUUGGUGAUGGACUGGUUGCUGUGUUCGUUUCGCUUGCCGAGUUUCGGCACCGGUUGGAGGGAAAAAUCGGCACCUUGGAGAUGACAAUUUUGGAUCGGUCCGUUUCGCUGCUCAAGCUCCUUUAUUUUGUAGGUUUCGCGAUUUUUGAGCCUCAUUUGGCGCCGGCGAAAGGUUGGUUAUACAGGGUGGCCCAAAAAAAAUGGAAACUCAUAUUUAUAGUCAUAUUUCAGUUAACUAUCCAAAUUUAUCCAAAGUAAUGAUUAAUAUCAGUAACAUGGAACAUUGUUAAUAACAUGUUCGAUCAUUUUCGAAAUAUCUGCCGUUGGCGGCGAUAUAGAGCGCCAAACGUGACUUUAAAUUUUGGGCGGUACGCCGCAGCUUUUUUUCGGGAAAUCGGUCCCGUUCUUGGCUCAGCGAUUAUUUAGCGGUCCCAAACUUUUGUGGCGUAUAGUACAGGCGUUCGCCUCUAAUUGAUAAAAAAAAUUUAGUUUGUACGAUCUAGAUCCGGCGAGUAGGCGGCAAUUUUGCAGACUCAGCAAAAUCAGCCGAUUCCUGGCCUCGUGCACUUUUUGCUUUCUCGGCCGGGACUGAAUCUUAUGAAAACGUUAAUUUUCUAUCCACAAAUUGCUACUGAGCCGGCGGAAGCACCACUAACACCAGAAUACCGAUGGUUGACGUUUCGGUAGGUUUUGACAUCUUUAACCACGAAAACCGGGGAUAUCUUGCCUCUGGCGCAAAAUCUUGCCCCAGGCCAUGACGGAAGAGGUUUUGACAGGGUUCGAAGAUGGCGGGUGCUUGACAACGCUUAACAGUUUAAUUCCUGUCAUUCUGAUGUUUGUGGACCUGCUCAAUGUUGAGCUGCGUCUCAUCCAUGAACAGGAUCUCCUCUCAUCGCCGAGCAGCGGCGCGGCGCCUGAGUUUUUGACGUCUUUUGAGCCGUACUAACUUGUGGUCUUCCGCAGGGCGCUGAACUUUUUGGAGCCUUAAGGCUUGAGCUGUUGUACAUUUUAGGCCAUUUGGCAGAUAGCUGUUAUGUUGAUAACGGUCCCUCGGGCAAUAUUUUUCAUGGCCACCAUCAGAUUUCACUUCACUCGCUUUUUGAUGACCUCAAGGUUGGCAGAAGCAUUCAAGGUGCACUUUUUUCGACUUCCCGAACGCGUACCAUUGCGGACUAUUCCGUUGAGUUGUUUGGUGGCUUUUGGCACAACCGUUUUUGCUACACCGAGCAAUUUAUCAACCUCACACGGUCCUUUUUCUUGCCGAAACAGGUCGGAAAUCGAGGUCCCUUUGUUUGACAUUCAUAAAAAACAUGUUAACCAAGCGAUAUGGGCAUGAAAAUAAAACCCCUAGGGCUAAAAAAUACGGAGAAUUUAACGGUGGAAAAGUUAUUUGUCUGCACCUCAAGGUUUUCGCGGCAGGACCCAUGGAAAAAAGUUUCCAUUUUUUUGGGCCACCCUGUACAGAAGAAGUUGCUCUGUAUUUCUGCCUCAAAAAUGAUCAAGUCUUGCUGAAAUUUGUCGGAAACUUGGAGUGCAAUUUUUCAGCGUCGUCAGUUUAUCGCCAAGUACAGCUCUUUGAACAAGCACCUCAAACUCGGUCUCAGUGAAGCCGAAAUCUACGAGAUGGUCCUUGGCCAUGUCACUCAAGUCUUCGAACUCGGUCUAGCCAUUAGAUACGAUCCCAUCAACGAGUACAACGACUUGAUCAUAGCCCUUCAAAACGUUGAGGACCAACCAGUUGGAGCUGCAGGUUACGAAUAUUUGAGAGCCCUGAGGGAAUUGUUUUUUGCGUUGGAAAAGCAUGGCGCAACUCCUGAAGACACCGCGUUCUUAAUAAAGGAGAUGCAAACUUUGAAGUCAGCAGUGUUUAAUUAUGAAUUGGUGGAACAGUAUCGGAAGAGACUUCGUGAACGUAAUGGCAAUAGAUUUGAACAAUAA